CUUUUUGAUUUUUUAUUAUUCUGGGUUUUUCCAUCAUCUUGCUUUGCCAGUUGGACUUGCGAAGUUGCUCAAGCGUGCCAAUGCGUCUGGUUAAAUCUGUUUCUGCUGUCAACACGUUGGCUUUAUUUGCAUCGCAUCCCGAACCUCUCGUGGCUUUUGGCAGAUCUGGAUGGCUCAUGCUUUCCAUCAACACUGCCAAAGCGCUAACUGAUCACGGGGCAAAUCAGCCGCAGCGUGGGAGACAAUGCUUUCACCCCCGCAAGUCUGAAAUUAGACUAAAAUGUCAUUGUGAGGCUUUUUUUUUUGUAGCUCGUCUCACAUUCCAAAAUAGACCCAGUGCGCAGGACAGGGGCUUCGUCCAGCUGCUUGUGUCAACCUCUUGUAAAGACUCACAACCGCCACACACAUGGAAAAAAAUAGACACACGAUGGAAGCUACUGACAGAUGAAGCGCAACACAAAAUGGAGAUAUUGUUGAUUUACGGGAUUUUAUUGCAACAACACCACAAAGAGUAAAAAAAAUUGUUUAAAAAAAGUCUCGCAUGUAUAAAAUGCACUGCAAAAUGAUUUUCAUUACAUUUGAGAGAUUUGAAAAUAGAUGCAAUUCUGCUAAGUUUCUAAGGUGACCUAUAACUACAACUGCAACUACGAAGUCUAAUUACAAGAGUUUUCUGUAAAGCCUUCUCUGAUGUUUAUGUAAAAGUCUGAAUUUCUACAAUGUUAAGACACACUGGAAAACAGUGAGCUGUAAAAUCCUUCACACCUUCAAAACAGGAAAGGUUAGACUGCAUGAAAUAAAAUUUAAAAAAAUCAAUUUAAAAAAAAAACACACAAAAUGGUACUAAGUGUUUAACAAUGAAGUGAGUUUCUCUCUGAUUUGAGGAUCACAGCGCCUGUGUUAAAUGUGACCUGGGAAUAUUAACCUAUUUAUGACAUGUCUCUCCUCCAUGUGUGUGUGUGUGUGUGUGUGUGUGUGUGUGUGUGUGUGUGUGUGCAUAGAGCCUGGUGAUGGAUUUUAACCUGCUGACAGACAGUGAGACCCGCAGCCCGGCGCUGUCUCUCUCUGACUCCGGAACACCGCAGCACGAGUCGGGAUGUAAAGGCCAGGACCAAAGCGACACUGAGAAAUCCCAGCAGACCAAGUUGGAUGAGUCAGGUGUUGAAGAUGGCUCUCUGAAGAAGAAGCAGCGGCGGCAAAGGACUCACUUCACCAGCCAGCAGCUCCAGGAGCUGGAAGCCACCUUCCAGAGAAACCGCUACCCAGACAUGAGCACAAGAGAAGAGAUCGCUGUGUGGACCAACCUCACUGAGGCUCGGGUCAGGGUAUGGUUUAAAAACCGCCGUGCAAAGUGGAGAAAAAGGGAAAGGAACCAGCAGGCAGAGUUGUGUAAAAAUGGCUUUGGCGCCCAGUUCAAUGGACUCAUGCAGCCGUAUGAUGAAAUGUACACAGGCUACUCCUACAAUAACUGGGCAGCCAAAGGGCUAGCAAGCAGCCCGCUGUCUGCCAAAAGCUUCCCAUUCUUUAACUCAAUGAAUGUAACGCCCCUGUCAACCCAGCCUAUGUUCUCGCCUACAAGUUCCAUCUCCUCCAUGAACAUGCCCUCUAGCAUGGUGCCCUCGGCUGUAACUGGAGUCCCUGCUGCCGGGCUAAACAACCUGGGGAACAUCAAUAACCUCAACAGCCCCACAGCGCUCAACUCUGUAGCGGUGACUGCAGCCACAUGCCCCUACGCCACCACAGCCAGCCCCUACAUGUACAGAGACACCUGCAAUUCCAGCUUGGCUAGCCUACGGCUUAAAGCAAAGCAGCACACCAACUUCGCCUAUCCAGCGGUGCAGAACACCGUGUCCAACCUAAGCCCCUGCCAGUAUGCUGUGGACCGGCCUGUAUGAACUCCACAUAUGACUUUACAAACCAGCUGUAAAGCCCACCGCCACUCUGAAUUCUCAUCUCUCCAGUUCCAUCUCUAAGCCGCUGGUGGUGCAGCAGGUCAGUUUGUGUCCUGAUGGUUAACCAUCAAUCGAGUCACAGUCAAGACCAACAAAUGGGACUCCACAGAUGGACCGCUGUUUCUUCUGCGGAUUGACCACAGUUGCAGAACUGAUCGAGCAUUUUCAAGCUAGUUUUAAAGAGGAGGAUUUGAUUUUCCUUCUUUUGAACUGCAUGAUGAGAGAAAUAACAGAAAUCACGGAUAAGUGAACUGUUGGACUGGUUGUUAGCAUCUUGGGUAAGAAAACCCAAGAUGCUAACAGAGCAGAGCUCUCACAGAAAGUGGGCUUGUGGUUUCAAAGCCAGCAAUUUGUUUUCCUGCUUUCUGUGAAUAUAUAUAAUGAGCCCCAAGUUAUUCAUACCCCUGGCAAAAUUAGACACAAGUGUUUUAUUCAACCAAGAACCUUACUUCUGUCCAAAUGUAGACAAUGUGAAGGGACUAUGAAUAUUAAAAUUUGAUCUGUUUUUGUUUAAAUUAUAUUAAAAAGGCAUUUCCAAAAUUAUUUCUAUGUUUCUUAAUGAUUGAAGGAAAAAUCAUAAUUGGCAAUGCAGCAGUCUAACUUUCUCCUGUAAUAUCUGACCAGCAGUUUUUCACGUGUUCACAGGUAUUUGGAUAAUUUAUCUUUAGCAAAGCGCUCCAAGUCUUUGGAGUGGGAAAGUCUCCAUGCUGUCACCAAAUAUUUUUAGCUCGCUCUCCUCAGAUUCAAGAUGGGAUUCUGGGUGGAAAACAAAAUAAUAGUAUAAUAUUAUCAAUAAUAUCAAAUACUGAUAUUAUUUUGAGUCCGAAAAACAUGUUGGCUAAAUUAUACUUGGAAUAUUACUUUUAACGCUAAAUCUGUCCGGGGUAUGAAUAUGGUAUCGUAUGACAGAAACCUAGUAAGGACCAUAGAUAAACAUUCUAUGUGCACAGUAUUUAGAAACUAGAAUUGCAAAAAAAAAAAAAAAAAGUAAAAAAAAUGGUUUUACCCUGCAGGUCCUCAUGGGGAACUCUGGAGUUUGAGAAGUCUUGAAAGUGAACACGAGUCUGUAAUUUUAAAUAGAAAGUUAUCUAUUUAAAUACACGCUGUAUUCAGUACACGAGCAAAAUUUUCAAGCAAAACUCUGAAAAGCCAUUUAGUAUAGAAAUUUGUUCCUGGUCCAUGGCCGUAAAAAUGUAUGUAAGAAUGCGAAGCAAACAUUUAAAAAUACAAGCUUUUAUCCUGGUGUUGCUUGCGUUGUCUCAUCAAAAAUAAGUAAAGGAAAUGUUUCCAUGAACUACAAGUAGACUAUCCAAUUAAACAGAGCGUCCCAUUACAGCUAAAAAACUCUAGACAGCUCCAGGUUACUAUGUUCCUUCACCCCUUCGUCUCUCUGCAUUGCACUGUUACCAUUUUAUCCUUGUACUUAUCAUUCCUUACCAAUGUACUUACCCUUUGGUAUGUUUUUUGUUGUUCUUUUUUGGGGGGGUGGAUGUGCAUCUUAUGAAAUCACAGAAAUAAACAUUGGUUAAAAAAAGAAUCUCUAUGUCCAGGCAAAAAGGUCCUGUAAAGUCCUAUUAAAAUGCAAGUAUUUAUUAUUA